AUGACCAUUUCGUCCCAUGAAUUCUGGCCGAGAAAAUGCCUGUUUAGAGACAUCCGGUCGCCGCUGAUUACCACUGGUUUGGGUCGACCCAUACGGUCACUAGGUCAAUUAGGUCAGUUAGCCACACACGUUAUAUUUGAUUUGGACGGCACUAUCAUCUACGCUGUGGACUGUGUCGUGCGAGCCAUCGAUAAAUGCGCUAGGUGUUUUGGCAAACAAUACAUUUGUCAUGAUAAAAACCAAAUCAAUGAAAUACUAAACAUUAAAGAGUUUUUGGCUGAAACUUGCGCUUCACUGCAUAUAUCGCUGAUGAUAACAAUAGCCAAUUUUCUAAUUAUUUAUUACUUAUGUAACUUCUACGCCAACCUAAGCAACUAUCCGCCCGGUCCGACUCCUUUGCCAUUGAUUGGCAAUAUAUUACCGCGUAUUUUCAACAAUACUGAUGACCGUAAUGUUUUAAUUAGCUCACACCUGUCCAGUUGGGAAUGUUUGCGCAAGGUCGCUCACACGGCCCUCAGACUGGAACCAGGUGAUUUGAGCAAGUUCAAAUAUUUGGCCACUGCUUAUUCCCAUUUCAUUGGAUGGCUCUUAUAUUGUCUACGACUUAAGUUCGAGGCCGAGUGUCGGCCCGGAGUUGUCCAGUGGUUGACCGACCAUAACAUUGUCGCCACACUUAUUGACUUGAUUUUUGAGACCAAAUACGCCACACUUGAAUGGAUGGUAUUAUUUGCGGCUUAUUUUGAGGACUGGCAGAGAAAGAUGAGGGUAGAGAUCGAUCACGUGUUGGCCGAUAAAGUGGUCACAUUGGGUGACAGGCGGCGCAUGCAUUGCGUUCAGGCGUUCAUCGCUGAGACCCUACGCUAUCGCAACGGCACUCCCGUCGGCUCUCCGCGCGUCACUCUAUGCGACACAACAAUCGCUGGUAAAUAUCCAGUUGCCAACAAAACAAUCGUAUUGCAACACUCUUACAACAUGUUGCUUGAUGAUAAUCAUUGGCCACACGCCAACCAGUUUGAUCCGGGUCGCUUUCAAAACGACGCUGGGCAAUGCCCUUUGGCUCAGGACGUCGUAUAUGCUGAGGCACAUACGUUGGAGUGA